AUGCACCCAAUGAGACAAGCGGAACGUGAACGGGACAGCACCUUAUUGGCUGGGGGCUGCCGAGCUUGGGCGGGCGGUAGCUGUCCAAUGAAGUACGAAGACCUCUCCCACCGUCGAGAGGAAGCCGCAGGGGUGGAUGUGGAUAGAAAAGGAAGCCAGCAGGUGCCCAGGCAGCUAGCCUGCUUUCCCUUUGAAUCGGCUCUGGUCAGUUCCGGAUGGUGUAAACGUCUCCGGCACGCCCUUCGUACGGACAUGCACUUUAGAGCCAAUCCGCUUUCGCCUCAGGUUAAUCACGACCGUCGAGAGAAACUACUCAACUGUCUGCUGUAUUUGCAUCCAAUGUGUGAGCUCAAUUUGGUUGUUCAGGAUGCUUCUGAUAAGACAGAUGUUUUAGCCGAUCUGGUACAAAUGGAGAAGGAGUACAUAGAAGCUUUGUCCAGUUCGUCCAAGCGAACUGAAUCGGCGGCCGAGGAGUCCGAUGAUGCUUCAUUGACGAAUACACAAAAUACCGACGAAGAAUGGAAUGAAUUAGGCGAGCUGGCUUCGGACAUGCUUCAUCUAAUUGAUCAAAUAAUAGACAUGCAUAAAAAUGCAACCCGCCACGUACAGUCGCACGAUCCAAAUGAAUUGUGA